AUUUCACUUCUGUCGUCGAGACUCGAGAUAGAGAAAAAGGUCGGAACCGGCAGCAAUAAUACCCGGGAAGGAAAGAAGAGAUCUUCUUGAACUUCUCAUAUACCUGCCGUGUCCGUACGGACCCGCCACUAUAAAUAGCUGUACGCCGAAAGUCAGAAAGCGUUUCGUUCGACCGUGCUCCGCUCCUCUUGUUGGAGUCUUUAGCGCUCCCUCUCCAUCUCUUUGCAGAAAUGGCGAUGGCGAGGGCAAGCUCUGGCCUCGCUUAUCCAGAGAGAUUUUAUGCCGCAGCUUCAUAUGCAGGGUUUGGCGGAUCUCCGAGUUCUUCCAAAGGCGUGAUCUCGAAGUUCCAGAACGACGUAGCAUUGUUACUCUACGGACUGUAUCAACAAGCAACUGUAGGACCCUGUAAUGUUCCGAAACCACGAGCUUGGAAUCCUGUGGAGAGCAGCAAGUGGACGAGUUGGAAUGGGCUUGGAAACAUGGCUUCAACAGAGGCGAUGCGCCUUUUUGUGAAAAUCCUGGAGGAAGAAGAUCCGGGGUGGUAUUCAAGAGUUCCUGAGUAUGUUGUCGAGCCUGUUGUAGAUGUGGAGAUGAAUACUCAAAAAUUUGAAGUUGUCACUCAGAAUGGGGACUCUUUUCCUGAGCCAAAGACUAUUUCCGCUGAAAAUGGGAGUCUAUUGGAGACUCAAGAUAAGGAUGUUGUCUUGGAGGGCCUUGGUUCAGUUGGGGUUUAUGAUCAAUGGAUUGCACCUUCUAUAUCUGGUCAACGUCCAAAAGCCCGAUAUGAGCACGGAGCAGCAGUGGUUCAAGAUAAAAUGUAUAUUUUUGGUGGAAACCAUAAUGGUCGUUACCUUAAUGAUCUCCAGGUUUUGGAUUUGAGAAGUUUGACAUGGUCCAAGGUAGAGAUUAGGGCGGGAACUGAGUCUUCAGAAUCUUCAUCUCCAGUACUAUCGGCCCCAUGUGCUGGUCAUUCCUUGAUACUGUGGGAAAAUAAACUUCUUUCCAUUGCGGGACAUACAAAGGACCCUUCUGAGACUGUAACAGUGAAGGCGUUCGAUCUGCAAACGUGUACGUGGUCAACCUUAACGACUUAUGGAAAAGCACCGGUCUCACGUGGUGGUCAGUCAGUCACUCUAGUUGGUACAACAUUAGUCAUGUUUGGUGGUGAAGAUGCAAAGAGAUCUCUCCUGAACGAUCUGCAUGUUCUUGAUCUUGAGACCAUGACCUGGGAUGAAAUUGAUGCUGUGGGAGUCCCUCCUUCUCCAAGGUCAGAUCAUGCUGCUGCAGUGCAUGCAGAGCGGUACCUUCUUAUCUUUGGUGGGGGUUCACAUGCUACAUGCUUUAAUGAUCUGCAUGUUCUUGACUUGCAGAGUAUGGAAUGGUCAAGACCAACUCAACAAGGUGAAAUACCUACUCCACGGGCUGGACAUGCAGGUGUUACAGUUGGAGAGAACUGGUUCAUUGUUGGUGGAGGUGAUAAUAAGAGUGCAGGUGUCUCAGAAACUAUUGUCCUUAACAUGUCUACACUUAUUUGGUCAGUUGUAACUACUGUUCAAGGUCGUGUGCCGCUUGCUAGUGAGGGACUGAGUUUGGUCCUGAGCUCCUACAAUGGUGAAGAUAUUCUUGUGUCAUUUGGAGGAUACAAUGGGCGCUACAGCAAUGAGGUUCAUGUUCUAAAACCAAGCCAUAAAUCAACCUUGCAAUCAAAGAUAAUGGAGAGCCCCAUACCAGACAGUGUUGCUGCCCUUCACAAUGCAACAAAUGCUACCAGAGAUGUGGAAUAUGAGUUUGAAGCUGGUCAGGAAGGGAAAAUACGGGAAAUUGUAAUGGACAAUGUUGACUCAAAUCCCAUGAACAUCAAAAGCAAAGAGAGCAGUGAUCAGCUUAUAGCAGCCUUAAAAGCAGAGAAAGAAGAAUUAGAAGCAUCACUCACAAAAGAGCAGUUACAAUCCCUUAAGUUGAAGCAAGAGUUGACGGAGGCUGAAACACGAACCACGGACCUUACAAAGGAGCUUCAAUCCGUCCGUGGUCAACUUGCUGCCGAGCAGUCAAGAUGUUUUAAGCUUGAGGUUGAUGUUGCGGAACUACGACAGAAGGUUCAAGCAAUGGAUACCUUGCAGAAGGAACUUGAGUUGCUCCAACGGCAGAAAGCUGCUUCUGAGCAAGCUGCCUUGAAUGCGAAGCAGAGGCAGAGCUCAGGUGGGGUUUGGGGAUGGCUUGCAGGAACCCCUUCUAACCAGAAAAUUGUUGACAUCUAAAAGUCUCAAGCACAUACAUGGUAGUCUCUUCUUUCAUUUUCAUUUUCAUUUUCCUUUUUCUUCCUUUAAUAUCUCUUUUUAUAACUUGGUUCUUUAUAGUGAUAGCAAUAAAUCAUCAAGUUUUCAGUUUGUUAGCUGGAAGCCUAGGGGAAUUUGCUUCGUCAUAUUUUAUUAGUUAAUCUAUAGUUGUGAUGCGGAAUUUUAUUAUUUUUCUUCUUGUUAUUCUAAUACGAUUUGUCAUCUAUUGGAAGAGCAUUCGAGUGAAGCAACAAUUCUUGUUUGUCUGUUUCUCCACCGGGAUUGGAUGAGGAAAUUUAUAUUUGAUUCGAAGAACGUAUUUUAGUAUUAUUA